CAUGAACUUCCCCUUUAGCUUUGAUACAGGGUCGUCCGGUGGCAACGGCGGGAACGGCGGCAACGGCGGCGAGGUGGAUCCGGCCGAUGAGCUGGUGGGCUUUAUGCUCGGAAUGGGCUCGGUGUCUGACAACAAGGAGGAGAAGAUGCGGACGUUCCAGUCAGUGUGUGGAUUUGAUGAGGAGCAGGCCCUAUUCUACCUCGAGGCCAACUCGUGGAACGUCGACCUGGCAGUCUCGUCGUUCUUUGCCAACCAGCAGGCGGCGCCGGUGGUCAUCGAGUACCAUCUGGCGGCCAUGGCGACCGACCACGACCAGACGCAGACCGUCGAGGGCGGCGAGGUGUUCAGCAAGUCAUGGAAGCUGGCCAACACAGGGACACGGGCGUGGCCGACGGGCUGCUACGUCUCACUCCACACCGGCGACCCGCACGGCGCGCAGCCGAUCGAACUGCCCGGCGAGGUGCCGGCCGGCGCCGAUGUUGACUUUUCGCUCCAGUUUGAGGCUCCGGCCGAGCCGGGCGUCUACACCGCCGCCUGGCGCAUGUAUCUGCCGAAUGGCCAGCCGUUUGGUGACUAUCUGCACGUCAAGUUUGUCGUCCGCGGCGAGCAAAGCCAGCAGCUCGCUACGUUUGGCGGCUUUGGCGGCGGCUCCGCCUUUGGCGGCGCCAGCAGUGCCGGUGCCGCCGGUGGUGACGAGAGCGGCGUCAUGCAGAUGGAAUAAAUGCGAGUUUGAGCGCUCUA